GCAGGUUUAUUGACUUUUAGUCUAGUUUCAAGGUUAUUUGCAUGUGAAUCUAUUUACUCCCAGCUACUGUUAAUAAACGCUAUAAAGUGUGCUAAACUCUGAUACACGUACUUUAAUAAGACUGUAUAUACUGUAUAACUUGUGUAAAACAUGUGUAAAAUAAACAACUCCCAUUUUGCCUUUGCAUUUUUGUUUUUCUGCCUUUUACAAUUUUUUUGCCCAGGAGAACAGCAUCGUGAGCCUAUGUGGUGAGUUUCCUCCAAGCGGGGCCUAGUUUCAUAGCAUUGCCAUGUUAAGACUGAGCUCUGUGGUUAGCAUGACCUGAAAGUUGUGCCAGUACCAAGAACGCAAAAAAGAACCAUAGAGAAACCGCAUGCGCUGACUAGAAAAUGACAACAGAUGUGCAGCGUCUUCACAAGUAUUGUGCACCGGGUUAGAGGUUAUAUUAGCAGCGUUCUCUGCAGCUGGACAGCACACCAACAUGUGCAUUCAACACGUACAACUGUCAUGGACGGUGAUGCUGCUGCUUCUUCCUGGUGUCUGCAGCCAGUGGAGAGUGGAAUAUGAGCAGCAGCAGAUCUGUGCCUUAAAAGGCUCGUCGGUGCUCGUCCCCUGUUCCUUUUACUAUCCCAGUAGAAUGAAGGUACAAAGUGUGAAGUGGGGUCACGGGGAUCACAUUUAUUUGGGUCCUUUCAUGUAUGACAGUGAGUCAAACAACACCUCCCCAAGAUACCAGUAUGUGGGUGAUGCGCUUCACAACUGCUCAUUAAAAAUCCAAGAAGUGGAGCAGAGCGACGCUGGGAAACAUGCCUUCAGAUUUACAGCCGGCCGCGCAGGCGGCCCAGUGGACGGCUAUACUGGUAGCGCUGGCUCACGACUGGAGGUUGCAGAUUUAACGAUCACGGUGGAGGGAACCGACGGGGAUGAGACGCCUAAGGAAGGCGACGCUGUGAAGCUGACCUGCUCCAAUCAAUGCGACGUAAAUGGACUGUCGUCUUUUACGUGGUGGAAGGACGGACAGCUUGUGCACGAAGGACCCGUCCUGCAUUUGAGCAACAUUUCCUACACAGACUCUGGAAACUACUCCUGUUCUCCAAACGCUCAGAGGCGACCUACUUCAGAGGUCAUCGCCAUCGAUGUUGAAUAUGGACCUAAGAACAUAUGGGUGUCCGUCAGACCGUCGACAGACGUGGACGCCGGCGGCAGCUUCGGCCUGGUCUGCAGCAGCACAGCAAAGCCCGCGGUGGAGGAUUACACGUGGUUCAAACGAGGCGAUAGCGAAGUGAUUGUGGGAAACGGACCGGAGCUGAACGUUGUGGAUGUUCAUCUCCAAGAUGGAGGCCAGUACAUAUGCAGGGUCACCAACAAACACGGACGCCUGAACUCCUCUGUUGUGACUAUAAAGGUUAAAGCCUAUUGGCCGACAUUCACCAGAGAUGCUCUGAUCAUCGCUGCUGUUGCUACGCUAACGGUCACAGUAACAAUCCUUUUUAUCACGAGAAGAUGCUGUAAAAGAAAAACAAGAGCACCAAGGAUCAUACGGGAGACUGAGCGCGUGGAGGACGCAGAGAACGCCAUCUACUUGCCCGUGUUUGCGAAUGUACAAUCAGAAGCAGAGGGAAGCACAACGGAGAUCGUCUACGCAGCUCUUGAUUUCAACCAGAAAAAGUCAAACAUGCAGCAGCAGGCAGACAUUGAAGAAGAUGAAGAUGAUGAUGGUGUGAUUUAUAGCACAGUGUUAAAGAAACCUGCAUAUAUGAAACAGAAGUAAUGCAAUGCUGUUACACUAACAUAUUCAUUUGAUGAUUGAUUCUUUAUUAGCCUAUAGAGUCAUAAAAAAUAUAUAUAGCGGCAAAGAGGUUGUAAAACUUAGAACAUGUGAUAUAAUAGUGUGGAAUCUGAUGUAGGAGAAUAGAAGAGCAUAAUAAAACUGGACUGUUAAAGAAGGAAGAAAAUGCACUCACAGUGGAUGUGAAGGUUUAUCUCUUAUACCGUUGUAGGCCACCCACUAUUUUAUUCAUAUUGCCGUCAUUAGCAUCAACAAAAAAUAUUUUUACAGUACACAGCUAGGAUGUACUGUACAAUACCGUGGUUCUGUGAGCUCUUAGCGCACUGCAAACCCUACUGCUUACACAUCUACGUAUGAGUUCAGUCCAAGUUGCCAUGGUAACAUGCCUGGAUGUAGUAAAACUGAGAAUUCAAAGCAGAGUUGACACCAGACUUGGCUGUUUCUGACUUGUAACAAUCCUUCAUGGAACGGUAACGGAAAGUAUUUCAUUUCCAGCUUAUGCUGCCCCCUGGUGGAUGUUUGCAAGUAUAACAGCCUCAACAAAAUGUGCUGGAUACAACACAACUCUCCUCAAUACUGUAAAUGUCAUGUGAGAGCUGUAGAGACGAGCCGAUUUAAAGCAUCAUAGAAGACUUUAUAGCAAUAACCUACACUGAGUAGUCCAGGUGUGGCAUUGGCAACUCUUUUACUAUACGUUGAUUCUAGGAAAUCCUUGUUUUUCCUAGCGUUGUCUUGCCUCAGAGUUCCACAGUUAAACGGUUCACGAGGGAAUUCCAGUAUUGUAUAACCACUUAUCUGACUACUGAAUAAAUCUAUUGAUCUGC